ACACGACCUAAAAAAUUAAAACAAUUCGAUGUCACAUUUUUAACGUUAAAAGAUUCGUUUUUACAAUAGGUGUACUUAAUGUCGUAAAUAGUCAUUCUACUUUUAUGUUUACGUAAAUUGUUAACAUUGAAUAGAUUGGUAUGUACAAUGCCUUUGUUUUCAAAUAAAUUCUCUCCCAAGAAGACGCCUACAAGAAAGGCAGGAGUAUUUUUAGCAAACAAAGAUUUGAGUCCAAAGCGAAUUGAAAAAGAACUUGGACCCAAUGUUGGUCCUAUACGUUUGAAAUUGGGGGAUCAGGAAGCUGUUUUUGAGUCUGGUUUAUGGAUUCCAGAAUCUGGUACCAUUGGAGGAACUUACAAAGAAAAUGAAAAAUUAAAAAAAGAAGUAAAGAAAUUAGAAGAAGAAAACAACUUGUUGAAGCUAAAAUUUGAAGUACUUCUUGAUAUGUUGACACAAACAACGGCAGACUUUCAUUCACAAAAAGAAGAGUUAGAUAGAUUAAAAAGAAAUUCAAUGUAUAAUAAGGGCAGUGAAUCUUGAUAUAGACAUAUUAAUUCACAUUUAUAAUAUAAAAUUUUCAUAUGUAGGA